AUGCCCAAGCCCGAUAAGCCAGACAAACACGCCGCGGCGUCCCAAGCCGUCGACAUUCUCGAGGAGAUUGCCGCCAUGCUGAACUGCCACAUGGAUCGUCGCAUGCUGUCGACGUGCAUCUCAUUGAUUGAACAGGGCGUUCAUCCCGAAUCACUAGUUCAAGUCAUCAAGGAGCUGCGUGAGAUUGCCGACGAGACGAGGCGCGAACAGCAAGAGGCCGCUGUAGCUAAUAGUCGUCGGUGA